UCGUGUGAGAAAAGGAACGACGAACGAUCUCGUUGCCCAUCGAUACCCCCAUUCAAUCGUUCCAAUUGAGGUCCGGGAAUACCUCAUCGCUCCAUCCCUUCUCUCCCUCGAUCACCUGCGGCGGACGUCUUGACCCUUACGACCGCCCCUUUCAAAAUGUCUCUCUACGCCUCGCGCAUGGUCCUGAGGCAAUCUCAGAUGGCCUUCCCUCGCGGCAUUGUUCUCCGACACGCCUCCACCACCUCCGAGGCCGCGCAGGCAGCCACCUCAGGCGCCGCAAAGGCUCAGGCUGCUGCUUCUUCCGCCACCUCCAAGGCUUCCCAGGGUCUCUCGCGUGUCAGCUCCUCCGCCGGCCCCAUUCUCACCAGCGCCGCCAAGAACCUCACCCAGACCCUCGGACGCAUUGGCGGCCGAACAGGUCGCGUGAUCGCCUUUGUUGAGUCUGUUAUUCCCCCUACCAUCUACUACUCAAAGGUCGGCAUUGAGCUGUCCAAGCUCGUCUUCCAGGGUCAGAAGAUGAGCCCUCCUUCCAUUGCGACAUUCCAGUCAUAUUUCCAGCCUCUUAUCAACGCGGCUCGUCACCCCGCGUCUUUGUUCACUCAGACUACCACUGUCAACAGCACUCUGCAGCCGACCAACAUCCUGAACAAGGUUCGAAACCUCAACAAGCAGCAGCUGGUCAGCGGUGGUAUCGUUGCCGCUGAGGUCCUUGGUUUCUUCACUGUCGGUGAGAUUCUCGGCCGGUUCAAGAUUGUCGGAUACCGGGGCGUCGACCACCACGCCGAGCACUAAACGAUAGAGAGGAUGGAUAGUUGAAGAAUAAAAGUGGUGGCUGUUGAAGACAUAGCGGGUAAUGUUGUGGUGGCGGAUUCCAGAAAGUGUGUUUUCACAGGAUUUUAGAGAUGAAUGGAUGGCUACGUCAAAGAACGGGAUAUCUUGAUUUGCUGGGGUUUCUCUGGAUUUUUACUAGUCAAACCCAUCGUGAUAUCUCACUGCUGUACCGAUAUGGAUUUGCACAUAGCGUGCCGUGUGGGUUCAUUGUGUUGAUCCAUUGUAAAUUAAAGAUAUCAAUGAGCAAGGCACAGCUAAAUGGUCAACCUGAAUUAUUAUUUAUUAUUGUUAUUCUUCUUCUAUAAGUGGUCCAAGAUGAUAUAUCGUGGAUGAGAUCGGAGUUUGAUUGGCGGUG